AUGGUAUCUCUCAUAUCUAAUGUCUACUUAGUAAUUCUAUCAUUGCUUCUAUUGAGAUAUGCAAAGGCUUUAUCGGAGGUUAACCCAACGACACAUGAAGUUGAAUUUGAUAUAACUAGUGAUUACUCCAGCACAGAAAAACGAAUAAUAUCUAUUAAUGGUUAUAAUACUACAUAUGGACCAGUUAUUAAUGUGCGAGGUGGCGAUACCAUUCAUCUCACCGUCAAGAACAACAUCUGCUCCGAAAAAGACCUGAAAACUGCUGAAACAGACCAACUUUUGAAAGAAUAUUGUACGACCACUAUACAUUUCCAUGGUCUUAUUGGGAUAGGAAAUGAAAAUGAUGGUGUUCCUUAUGUGACACAGGAUCCAAUUCAACCUAACAAGGCUUAUAUGUAUAACAUAACUAUCCCCAAAGAUACUUGCGGAACAUUUUGGUAUCACUCUCAUACAUCAGUGCAAUAUGGUGAUGGAUUGAGAGGAGUAAUUGUAGUAACAUGCAAUAGACAUGAUCUGUUAGUUAACAAUGUAAUAUCAUCAUUAUCAGUUCUAGGUUUAGAUAAUAUGGAAACUAAUUCAUAUUUAAAUAUAAAUGAGCCCUUCGGUGAAGAUUUCAAUCAGGAUAUCUUUCAUGUUGAAGAAAAAAUUAUAACCAUUUCUGACACAUAUGAUGAUUGGGGGUUGGAGAUCUUAAAGAAUGAAGUUGUUACGAUCGAUGGCACCCCAGAUCCAAGAUUAACUGGAUCUAUGAUCAAUGGUAAGCCGGAGCAUGACACACUUGACCAAAUAUCACAUGACACUCAGUACUUGAAAUUAAGAAUUAUUAAUUCUGGUAUGUCUGGUACUCAAAUAAUAAAUGUGGAAAACAUAAGUAUGAUUGUAAUUGAGACAGAUGGGACAUUGGUGAAGCCAUAUGUCCUCAGCACUUUAAGUUUAGCUGUGGGCCAAAGAUAUACUGUAAUUGUGAAAAUUCCUGAAAACCAAGAUUACAUACGUUUGAUAAACGGUUGUAAUAAGAUGAUGGGGUACUUUAGUAAGUCGUUGUGGUAUGUACGUCCAACUGUUAAUGUUGAAGAAUUUAUUGCCCAAUGGCCAGAUAGUUCUAAAGUUUCUAUCAAAUCUCUUCCACAAUUAAACAAACGUGAGCUGUUCCAAGAAUUAAUACCUAUAAAUAAAGAUGGUUCCGACUCCAUCAUAACUUCAAGUUUACUUGAUGACGUAGCGGUCAGUCUCAAUUAUGAUUAUAUGUUUUAUUCUGAUCAGAUGACAGCAGAUAAAUAUGGAACUGGAAUGUACAAGAUGGGAGGUAAGACCUUGCAAGAAUCCAUGAGAGAGCCAAUUGAAUUGGAAUCCUCUGGUAAAACAGUGGAAAUAAUAAUAAACUCUAUUGAUCAUAUGAGACAUCCGUGGCAUCUUCAUGGUCACCGAUUUCAAUUAGUUUCUAUUGGGAAUGGAAGAGAAGGUCGUCUUGACGUAAACAAUCAAGAAGGGAGCGCCUGGAACAAAUAUCAAUCUGACAUUAAACACUGGGAAGAGACAGGUGAUACGCCUACUGUAAGAGACAGUAUUAAUAUCCCUGGAAGUUCAUUUGCUGUAAUUAGAUUCAAAUUAAAUGCGAAAGGUACAUGGUUAAUGCAUUGCCACGUUGAGUGGCAUAUGGCAAAGGGCCUUGGAUUUGCAUUUAGUGAAGUUGUACAAAAUAAUGUUAUUGAAUCCCAGAAUGGGGAUGCUACGACAAAACCAGACCAGAAAGAAUUAUCUGAGAGUACUGAUGUGACAGAAAUGGUAUCUUCACAGACAAAUAAGCUGAAGGUACUACUAAUUUAUUUCACAAUUAUGUUAACAUUAAAUGGUGUAUUUUAUAUUUGUGUGGCUUAA